AAAAAAAGACUCUUUAUUUAUUUAUUUAUCGACUGGCUAUUGCUGUGUUUUCUAUUUUUUCCCCCCACCCCACGGGAUUUUCCCCAGUCAUCCCCACUCCCGGUCCCACGGAUACGAAUUACUAGCUCUUCACCUCCUUUUUAAAAAUUUUUUUUUUUUAUUCCACCAUGAGUUACAUCCACAAGGUAUUGAAUGUUUUGCUACGUGGACUCGUCAUCUAUGCGGUACUGGGCUCUGAGUGCACUUACUCGAAUGAUCUACCCAACCACGCGUCUGAUGCUGCAAAUGUAGCCCCCACAGACCCCUGUCUCAUAGUGAUGCCGCCAUGCAUGGGCGAGGACGACCGCUUCAGCCUGGAUGCUCUGCGGCACAUCCACAAACAGCUGGACGACGACAACGACGGGGGAAUAGAAGUCAACGAGAGCGUGGAGUUUAUAAUAGAAGACAUGAAGCAGCAGCAAACCAACAAGCACAGCAACCUGCACCGGGAAGACCAACACAUCACCGUGGAGGAGCUGUGGAAGGGCUGGAAGACCUCUGAAGUCCACAACUGGACCGUGGAGGACUCGGUGCAGUGGCUGAAGGAGUCAGUGGAGCUGCCGCAGUACGAGAAGAACUUCCGGGACUUCCGGGUCACGGGGAACACUUUACCUCGAAUAGCGGCAAAUGAACCGUCGUUCAUGUCGAUGCAGUUGAAGAUAUUAGACCAGCGGCACAAACAAAAGUUAAACCUAAAGGCACUAGAUGCGGUGCUUUUUGGCCCUCCUCUCCGUGCACAACAUAACUGGAUGAAAGACUUCAUCCUCAUGGUCUCCAUCGUGAUUGGUGUCGGGGGCUGCUGGUUUGCUUAUGUGCAGAACAAAUCCAGCAAGGUGCACAUCUCUCAGAUGAUGAGGGACCUGGAGAGCCUGCAAAACGCAGAGCAAAGCCUCUUAGAUCUGCAGAGCCGGCUGGAAAAGGCUCAGGAGGAGAACCGGACGGUGGCCGUGGAGAAGCAGAACCUCGAGCAGAAGAUGAGGGACGAGAUCAACGGGGCCAAAACAGAGGCUCACCGGCUCCGGGAGCUGCGAGAGGGCGCUGAAUGUGAGCUCAGCCGGCUCAAAUACGCCGAGGAAGAGCUCGUACAGGUGCGUAAGGCCCUGAAGCGAGCAGAGAAGGAGAUGCAGUCGGAGCGGUCGGUGCCUGAAGCUCUCCAGAAGUGGCUCCAGCUCACGCACGAGGUGGAGGUUCAAUACUACAACAUCAAGAAGCAGAAUGCCGAGUUGCAGCUGUGCGUCGCCAAAGACGAGGCAGAGAAAAUAAAGAAGAAGAGAGGUUCUGUGUUUGGAACCCUGCAUGUCGCCCACAGUUCAUCCCUGGAUGAGGUGGACCACAAGAUACUAGAAGCAAAGAAAGCCUUGUCAGAGGUAACGGCGUGCCUGAGGGAGCGGCUGCACCGCUGGCAGCAGAUUGAGAAGCUUUGCAACUUCCCUGUAGUCAAUAACUCGGGGCUGCCGAGCCUGACGGCCAGCCUCUACUCAGACCACAGCUGGGUGGUCAAGCCCCGAGUCUCGGUGCCCCCCUACCCCAUCGCAGGAGGAGUGGAUGACCUAGACGAGGACAUGCCUCCCAUCAUUCCACAGUUCACAACGGCCACGUUGAUCCGGCCCUCGCUGACCCGCAGCAGCAGCCUGUGUCGUUCCCGCCGGAGCCUGCUGAGCUCUCCGCAGUCCUCGCUGAUGUCCCCAGACCCCGACCUGCUGUCCAUGGCCAGCUCGUCCCUCUCCUAUCGCACCGAGGCAGACGACGAACAUAUCGUGUUCAGCUCGGAUAGGAGGGGGGAACCGGCUCAGGAGGGCAGCUCCGACACGGACUCUCUCAACUCUUCCUUGGGCCGCAAGCAGCUGCACAACCCCUGCUCGCCGGGCUCGGACACCCCAUACCGCAAGAUCUCUCGCGAGGAGCUGCUACUGUUUACCCAGAGUCCCGAGCUUCCUGCAUCCACCCACACCAGCAGCAGCAGCAGUCUCAGGGACUCCACACCUCCUCCUCUCCCUCCCACCCCGGCCACCACCCCCUCCGGCCCGCCCUCCACCUCGCCUUCCCCAGCCUUGGAGCACCACCCGUUUGCGCACAAAUGCUCGCCCGACAUCACCCGCGUUCUGCCCGAGUCCCAAAGUUUAACCUUCUCACAGGGGAACGUCACCUCUCCGUCAGGCAAGGGCAUGUACAACGGCAUCCUGGAGAAGUCCUACAGCUUCGGCCAGCUGCCCGCCAACAUGCUACCCAACGUGGGCCGUUACCCGUCUCUCACCUCCCUGGACUCGGAGGGCCGGAGUGUGGGAAGGGAACACAAGCUCCAGAGCACCUCGUCCCAGGACUCCAGCGACAAUGGAGAGAAAAUGAAGCGCUCCUCGUCUAAAAUCAAAAGCUUAUUUAAGAAGAAAAAAUAAAAGUGGCAGAGUGAGGUUAGUGUAUGAGAGAGAAAAAUAAAAUAUAAAGAGUUGUUUUAGCCCUAAUACUAAAAAAUGGACAUCACUGUAAGCUAAAACAUUUAAUUUUCUUUGGUAUUUUCUUCUUUUGUUCAUCAAAAGAUGGAAUGUAGCUUAGUCUGGGUGCCUUUAGACUCCUCAGACUGGUAGCCUUAUUUUUCAAUAAUGCCUUUUUAUUUCGUUCACUCACAGGGAAACCUGCAAGGAAAGGUCAAAGGUCAUGAUAUUUGUCAUCCAGACAGCCAAAAAGUUACAAUGUGUAAGGGUCUAAAGGUGCAGUCCAUACGUGUGUAUUGUUCAGUACAGAAUGAUGUUUGCUGUUCCUCCUGAAGGUAUUUAAGUCACACGUUCAGUAGGGACAGCAUUACAUGCACAUCACCAAGACAAACGGGUCAUAAGAUAUCUUAAAAAAAACACUUUCGUGUCCCAACUAUUCCUCGCUGUUCAAAUUAUGGAUUGCAUCUGAUGAAGCGUUUGACAAAUUUCCUUUCAGUAAAAACAAAACAAAAAAAAAUCCUGCUAAACGUUUGUUGCACUACUGCUUUCCUGAUAUUUGGGGAAAGAGCCGCUGCUUGCGGACUACAUAUAGAGAUGAGGAAUACAUGGCCAGCGGCAGUGGAGACACAGCACAUGAUGCCAGAGCCAAAAUGAUCUGAUGCGUCUUCAAUGCUACUUCUUAUGCAUCUCUCAAUAUAUAUAUAUAUAUAUAUACUUUGUCUUCACGUGAUUAUGUUCUUAUAGAUGUUUUUGAAAAGAUUUAUAUUGGUGGGGAUUCCUACUGUAUGAACUGAUCUUUACUGGAGAAGGUUUAUUGAAUAUGCAGAUUUAACCCACACCAGUAAUGUUUCGUAAAAUCUAGCUGUCCCUUACUACUUGAUUAACUGUGUCCUGUAGCCAAACCAACAUACCAUAUCCUUUGUCUUAAAUACCCUGUCCCCCUUGUAAAAUUGGGUGCCAUUGCCAGAUUUUGGUCAUUUAUUUUUGUGGUUGGAGGGCCUUAUUCAUACUACAUUUAAGGGAUACACGAGUGUCAGGAAGUCUAAUGUAAUGUGACCGCUACCAUCUUUGUUUCCAGGUUUUAUUUACGAGACAAACUAAGAAUUAUAUGUCUAUAAAGGAACUAUUUCAUCAAGAUUUUAACAGAUCACCUGCCCUCCCCUAAGCUCGAAGCAGACCCAUGCAAUACGGUCCCGUUCCUCAACUCUGGGCCCGCACCGAGCGCACUGAUGUCAAGAGAGCCCCUGCUUCACACUGUGAUUUCUGCCUUCAUCCAUGGACCUGGCUGUCACUGCUGCAGCGUAACACGAGGGGUCACGUGACUCCCGUGACGGAGGUGGCGCGAGGAAAUGUCAGGGGUGGGGGGGGGGGGCGACGCCGUGUACGAGGUGUGUCUGGGUGACGGGACGACACGACGAUCCAGUGGCCUCUGUUUUUAGAAUAUUGAUGAGGUUGUGGCAAUACAAUGAAGGAAAUAGACAGAACUGCAAGACGUUUAUGAGACAUUAGGGUUUUUUUGAGAACAUUUUCUGUGUGAAUAUUUGUAUACUGUAAAAGAAUUAAUAAAAAAAAUAAUAAAAAAAUGGAGGCAUCAUA